CAAUGCCGGGCUAGUCACAGUGGAAAGUUUGCCAAACCCCUUAAAAACCCUAGUAGCAGUGAGAGUGACAGGAUUCAGGAACACAGAAAUGUUGAGAAGAAGACUAUUAUCUUCACUGAUAUCGUCAACGUCCCUCUACAAUGCAGCCCUAAUCCACACGAAUCGGAGCUUCAGCUCGGCGAUUAUCCGGCCUCCGGCCAAGCAUUUCCUGUCCCUGCAAUUCCCACGCCAUCCAAUCUCAGGUGAUUUAAGCGGGUUAUCGGGUCCGACCCGUUUCGAUCAGGCUCAGAGGGCGUACAGUCUCCUCAGCCUGAAUGAUCUGCAGGAUAACAAGGGUGCUCGCAAGCAGAAGACUAGGAAAGGACGUGGUAUCGGGUCGGGGAAGGGGAAGACUGCGGGUCGGGGCCACAAGGGCCAGAAGGCACGCGGCACUAUGAAGUUCGGAUUCGAAGGUGGUCAGACCCCCCUCCGCCGCCGCCUCCCUAAACGCGGCUUCAAAAACCCCUUCUCUCUCACUUUUCAGCCAGUUGGCUUAGGGAAGAUCGCAAAGCUGAUAAAUGCAGGGAAGAUUGACUCGUCAGAGUUGAUAACUAUGAAAAUUCUCAAGGAUUCUGGAGCAGUAGGGAAACAAAUUGGAGAUGGAGUCAGAUUGAUGGGACGUGGAGCAGAAAAUAUUGAAUGGCCUAUCCAUCUUGAGGUUUCCAGGGUGACAGUUAGAGCCAAAGCAGCAGUUGAAGCUAAAGGCGGUUCUGUAAGGAGAGUGCACUACAACAAGCUUGGUCUACGGGCGCUACUCAAGCCCGAGUGGUUUGAGAAGAAGGGCAGAUUACUCCCCAGACCUGCAAGGCCUCCUCCCAAGCUCAGGGACAAAGUCGAUAGCAUAGGACGCCUACCUGCCCCAACCAAGCCAAUCCCUUUUACCCCAGGCGAGAAACACGAGGCGUCUGCAUCCCCUGCCUGACAGUUUGACCGCACGUUUUUCUUUCCAUUUUCUUUUUUUCGGAAACCAUUUUGUAGAUCACAUUUUAAGAUACUAGACCACAAGAACACUUGCAAUAUUGUUGUAAGCUGUGUUGCUGCAUGUACUUGGCCCCUUGUUCUUUCAUUAGUACAAUAAUACAAGAUAGUUUGAUA